AUGACCUUCGACAACAACCACCAUGCGCGUGCGUUGUUCGGCCAGUUCGACCAGAACCUCGCCCUGAUCGAGCAGAUGCUCGGCAUCGAUGUGCGGGCGCGGGGCAAUCAGGUCACCAUCAAGGGCGAUCCGCUGGCGACCGAACAGGCGCGCCGUGCGCUCGACUGGCUCUAUGACCGGAUCGAGGAGGGCGGCAGGGAACCGGAAGCCUCCGAUGUCGAGGGCGCGCUGCGCAUGGCGAUGGCCGCCGAGGAUCAACUGUCGCUGCCAACCAUGGACGGCGCCGGGCGCAUCGCGGCCGCCCAGAUCGCCACCCGCAAGCGGACCAUCAUGGCCCGCACCCCCAAUCAGGACGCCUAUAUGCGGGCGCUCGACCGGGCCGAGCUUGUCUUCGGCGUCGGCCCCGCCGGCACCGGCAAGACCUAUCUGGCCGUCGCCCAUGCGGCCAUGCUGCUCGAACGCGGCCAGAUCGACCGGAUCAUCCUGUCGCGGCCUGCCGUCGAAGCAGGCGAACGGCUCGGCUUUCUGCCCGGCGACAUGAAGGAGAAGGUCGAUCCCUACCUGCGGCCGCUCUAUGACGCGCUCUACGACAUGAUCCCCGGAGACAAGGUGGAGCGCGCGCUUGCGGCCGGUGUCAUCGAGAUCGCGCCGCUCGCCUUCAUGCGCGGCCGGACCCUGUCGAAUGCGGCGGUGAUUCUGGACGAGGCGCAGAACACCACAUCGAUGCAGAUGAAGAUGUUCCUGACGCGGCUUGGCGAGAAUGCCCGCAUGAUCGUCACCGGCGAUCCCAGCCAGGUCGACCUGCCGCCGGGCCAGAAAUCGGGCCUUGUCGAGGCGCUCGGCCUGCUCGGCGACGUCGAGGGCAUCGUUACCGUGCGUUUCCGCGACAGCGAUGUGGUGCGCCAUCCGCUGGUUGCCCGCAUCGUUGCGGCCUAUGACCGCGACGGCGGCUGA